GUGACGCAUUUGUUUAUAAAACCGAGAGGAAGACCGGGCCAACCUAUAUUUUGUAGUCUUGAGUGCGACGAAAUACAGAAAUAUGAUUUUAAAGGUAGUCUUCAUUUUUCUUGGGGUCGUUUGCGCCGUUGGUCUCGGCAGGCUUGUCGGGGGGCUGACGGAUGUGGACGUCAAUGAGGAAGGUGUGCAGAAUGCCCUCAACUUCGCCAUUUCCCAACAUAAUUUGAAAACGGAGGACCCUUUCCUCAGAGUAAAGACUGGCGUGGUCGGGGUUAAAAAACAGAUUGUUUCUGGCAUCAAGUACGUCAUCACCGUCAACAUGACGAAGACUAACUGCAUGAAGGACGCUCCAAAUGAACAGUGCGACGGCCUUGCCGAUUCUCCGGUAUGAAUCGUCAUUAUUAGUUUUUAUUUC